AUGGCAAAAACUACGACUAUGAACAACCAAGUGGAUGGCAAGGACCAACUGCUCGCCGCAGUACUCGCAAGCCUUUAUGCUCAGAACAGCAAGCCUGACAUUGGAGUCAUCGGUAGAUUCCUUGGGCUUACCUACUUUGCUGCUGAGGGUCGUCUUCGUCAGCCUCGCAAAGCUGCCGAGACCAUGGUCGAGAAAGCUCAAAAAGGCCAACUUCCGUCUGUUCAAGCGCCCAAGAGGAAAUCUGCAGUGAACAAAGUCUGCAAGAGAAAGGGCAAAGUGGGGGCAAAGCGCAACACUAAAUCGAAGUCUGCUCGAGAUGAUUCUUCUGACAACGAUCUCAGCGUCUGGGAGAAUGUGCUUGACUACGAAGCCACCAUCAAUCCUGCAGAGGUAGAGUUUUAA